AUGCGUCCUGCAUCUAUUUUCCAGCUACCGGCAACAAUAGCAGUUGUCAUUCUACUGCUCUCGUGCAUAGCUCUGGCAUCACCAAAUCCGGACGGCACUCACAUCACAUUACUACGACGUGAUGAAGAAGUCGGCUCAGGGUGCAGCACAGAAGGCCAAUGGCACUGCAUGACCAACUCAUUCCAGAGAUGCGCAGGGGGUCAUUGGUCGAUGAAAAUGGCCAUGGCGGAGGGGACGAAGUGUGUGCCUGGGGGUUACACCGAUGAUUACAACUUUCGAAUUGAGCGCGAUGGGGACAACGAUGACGAGGAUAGAAAUAGGAGCAGCGAGAGCCAGAGCAGUGAUGGCGCGAGUUUGAAAGAUUCUUACACAGUCGGUGGAGCUGCCCUUGUGGUUAUCUCGUGGCUUGUUUUGGGAUUUAUUGUCUAA